UGCGUCCCGAAUGUGAGAGUUAAACAGCGAUCAUUUAAUUACUCAUCAGUUUCGUCGUUAAACACAACAGAAGCUUCUAGAAACAGAGAGACUACAGGUCAGGAGUUAUUGACUGGCGUCUCAGAAGGAGACAGAAGCCAUGGACGUCCAGGAUGCGGCACUGAACAGUGGAAAGGACAGGACCAAAAGCUGUGAAAACCACAGCAACCACCUCACCCAACCACAGAGCACUGCUGAGACAGCAGACAUCACAGCAAAUGCAGAUCAUCUAUCGGCAAAAAUCACAUGCUCCAAUGGAAUACAUCACAGAGGCAGUGAUGAGUCACUGGUGGAUAUUGUAAUAACGAGUGAAGAUGCUCUGCUGCUUCCUGACCAUGUACCAGUACUUCCUCACAAAAUUGAAAAAGAGUCUCCCAGUCCUCUCAAUGGCCCCUCUCCUCCAGACAUUGUGACCAAUGGAUCUCCUCCCAUUUGCACACCACCCACUGCCUCCAAAGGUCUAAGAACACCUGAUCCAGCACAGGUACCCAAGUGCAAUGGUCACAGCCAUCCCCACAAAAAGCGCCUGCACUCCACCUCCAAAAGCCAGCAGAGUUUGAAAGCCAGUGCCACUCAAAUACAGCAAGUUGCUGGUGACGACUGCUGCGUUCACUGUAUCCUGGCAUGUCUGUUCUGUGAGGUGUUGUCCCUGUGCUCGGCUGUGGCGCAGUGUUUGGCCUGUGGGAUGGAGUGUGAUGCUGCGUGCUGCUGUGGAGAGGCGUGCAGUGUGGCCUGCUGUUCAGAAGACCCCUGUUCAGCCCUGCUGGACUGCGCCAUCCUGGAGGACUGUUGCCAAUCCUCCGACUGCCUGGAGAUCUGCCUGGAGUGCUGCUCUAUCUGCUUCCCUGCUUAAAAAAAGCACUUCUCGGUAAAAGUGAGAGAGUGAGUGACGAGAAGGACUUUCAGAACACUUUCAGAGAGACUUCGGAAUGGGCCACAGCAUCAUGGAGUUGUGUAUCGUCGGUAUUGUUGUCGUUGUGUGCUGUAUUUAUUCUUUAGACUAGUGAGAUCUACGGGGACAGAUACAAAGAUGUGUCUGCUCUCAGUGAAAUGAGUCACUGCAGUUAAAUGGCACAAACAUGCGACACAGGACGUUACUUAGUGAGCAGCAGCAGUGUGCAUAGUUUUAAGCAGGAGGGUUAGCUUAAGGCUUACUGUAAUGAAGAAGCUGGUGUUCAGAUCUGUGAAUGGCGAGUACUAUAGGUAGCCACUGGCCGUCUUUUUUUCCAUUUACAGCUUAAAAUGCCUUCACUGUGCCUUUUUUAUUCCCAGUGUUAUCAGAUUAAGCUUUUUGUUUGAUAGUUGAGCACACUUGCACUUGCCCAGAUGCAAUGCAUCAUCCUUGAUGACUAGAGGAAGCGGUGCUACAGAGCACUGGGCGUGAUUUUGUUUAUUUGUGUCUUUUGCUUUUACAUUGCAAUAACACAUUCACAUUUUAAUGUUAAUAACAUGUUAUUAACAUUGUAAUAACCUUUUUUUUUCUUUUAAAAAUGCUGGUGUUAAAAUUGUCCAGGACAAGCCUUUCUUGUACAUUUAAAAAAAUUGAUGCAAAUACUGUUUUUUACUUCAUUCAUAUGUGCCCAUAAUUCAUACAUAUAUAAAACAUAGUGUAUCCAAACAGUUAAUGUUAAAAUUGAAUAAAUUGACAAAAUUGGACAUAUUGUCUAAAAUACGUCAAAUAAAAAUACGUCAUGUGUUAUAUACAUGUGUUGCAAAGAUGCCAUGUCCAAAGAAAACCUCACCUGACCCUGUCCCAAAUCGCACACUACCACACUAAAUAGUGUAUGACAUGUACAUCAGUACAGCCUGUAUAUUGUUUUUAUAAUUUUUUUUAAUGAUACUGAUACAAAGACACAUUUACCAGUUAUUUUGUACUUUCUGUACGUUUUUAAAAGAAGAUUAUUGAAAUAUUAAGAAAAGUAUUCAUUCAAGUAUUUUAUUAUUUUAUUACGUUUAAAUUAUUGUAUUCAAAACAUUUUAUCUAAGUAAUUGAAAAAUCAUUAGCUUAAUAAAAUAAUUGACAAAAUAAUACAUAAAAAUUUGUUAAUAAUUGUUAUAAAAACUACACAGAAUCAGCUGUAAUACUAAAAUCAUACUAGUGCAGGUUCCACCUUACAAGUUAUAUGAAUUUAUUUUAGAUUAGCUACUAAUACUAAUAUUUGUGCCAAAUACCGCUGGUCAUCCCUAGAAGUCUUUCAGAGUCCAUGUCUCAACAGGUCAGAACUAAUUUUGGUUCUGCAUAAUAUUGGGCAGGUGGUUUUAUUGUUAUGCCUGAUUGGUGAAUAUGCACAUUUAAAUGGGUCAUAAAUACAGUCAAUGCAUCAUUUUUUUUCAUUGUCGACAGAAGAGAUGUCCAUACUCUAAGAUAAACUGCACUUGCUGUUUGUUUUAUUAUCAGAUAACUGACCUGCAUAUGAUCUGCUUACUAUGAUGUGUAAUGGAUAUCAGCACACUACACACGAUCUGUCUGAGGACUGCUUUAACUUAUGUAUUAUGUAUUAACUUAUGAUUUACUGUGAACUGUAUUUUUUUUAUUGUGCAUUAAAAUAAGUAAAGAUGUUUUGGUA